CCUCUAACCUGGCCUCUCUGAAGACAGUCACGUGAGGCGCACGCUGGAGCCACGGACCGAGUGAACGAGGCCGUGCAGAGGGCCCGGGCACUGGACGAGAGGCUGGAGGACAGCACCCGGCGGAACACACGCGCCAUGGGCCACACCGAGGACGAGGAUGCCAAGCGGACCCAGGACCAGCUGGACUGGAACACCAAGCACCUCCACAAACUGGAGGACCAAGUCCGGAGCCUGCUCCGAGUAGAUACUGAGUUAGUCGCCCAGCUAGAGGAGCACAUCCCCCGGGCCCAGCAGUGCGAGGCUCACCUCCCGGCUGUGGAGGAGGCACUGCGAUCCAUUCUCCAUUCUGAGGCUGGGGGGGGGGACCUGGGAGUGGCGGAGCGAAGGCUGGAGGAGCUCACCCUGCAGGUGUUUGGGACAGAGGACAGCAUGCUUAAAGCCCUGAAGGAGAUCUUGGACAUCAAGCAGGCUCUGGACGCCCUCCAGGCCCACAACAGCAUCCUCAAGAUGAGGAAUGAGUUGGCCGUUGUCAAGGAGACGCUGGGACAGCUCAGCAGGGGGGAGGAACAACAGGACAACCAGGAUAAUUCUGGGACGCCAGAGAGGGAGGGGUGAAAGGUCAAGGACCCAGAGCAGGAUGAGCCACCCUAGCCGGUGCAUAAUGAAGCCGGUGCAUAAUGAUGACCUCCGUGUGUAAACCAUGGGAAAGAGUGGUCCUGUCAUUCCAUUUGUUUUAAAACUGCUGUUAAAUCCUCACAGAGUUAAACCAUUGCUACGUUGUGUGAUUUGUGCAUUUUAACUUGCUAUUGAUAAAGUUUAGCGAUGCGUUUCAUCAAUAGGUUUUAAGUUCUUGUCUCACAAACAUGCUACUAUCUCAUAUGGGAACUAAUCAAUGUUAUCUGCACUGGCUGCUGAAAGUCAGCAACUGAAUGUAGCGUUUGCACCCAAACACUGCUCCUGUAAUCUGUAAAGGAUAUUAUUGUUGCCUUGUUGGUGUCUGAAAGGAGAACAAUUGUGACCGGUACUCCAAUAUACUCAAAUGUUGAGUUUGUAUACAUUUUUUUAAUACACAUUUUAUAUUCGAAUGAGUUUGACAGUUAUGCCAGUAUUGCAUUUCUAAUAAAUGCGCCUUAUUAGUUUUUCUCUGAAUCUUUUACAUUUUCAAAUUUGGUUAAAUCUAUUGUAAAAAAAAAAAAGUCUUCUCUCUCCUAUCUUGCAUAUCUAGUAAAUUAAAACCCGUCUCAAAUAUCUUAGUGUUGUUACCCAUUUAUGUGCUCUAUUUAUUUUCACCAAACAUCAGCUUUCUGUGUAACUUAUAGACAGUCUCCCUGCAUGUUUUUCAAUGCAUCCUAUCUACCGGCCUAUGACUGCAUGGUCUAGCUGCUCAGUCUUUUCCUAUGUAAAGCUCUUUUCUAAAAUGGCUGCCCUGCUCUGUCUUUCCACCUGUUUCCUG